UAGAGCAAUUUCCCACUGACCCAAGUGUAUUAUUAAGUUGGUAUCCCCUUCCUUCCUUCAGAUUCGUUUCUUUCUAUCCCCUGUUGACUUGGUGAACACAGAUCGAUCAUCAUCAUGUCUUCCUUUGACGAUAAGUUUAAUCACCUAAAACUUCCCCUCAUUGACAUACAAACCGCUACCAACAAUUUUGCCCAUGAAAAUAUCAUCGUGAAAGGUGAAUUUGGAAACGUCUACAAAGGACAACUCUUGAGUUCCGGAAAUUUGAUUGAUAUUGCUGCGCGGAGGUUAAAUCGUAAGCUUGGGUAUGCAACCCCAGAGUUUCAGACAGAGAUUAUGAUGUUGGCUAGUCUGAAGCAUCAAAAUGUGGUCUCUAUUGUUGGGUUUUGUGAUGAGGAUAAUGAGAAGAUCAUCAUAUACAAUUACGAGGCCAAGGGAAGUCUUGAGCAAUACCUAAGUGACCCAGUUACACUCACUUGGACUCAAAGAUUGCACAUCUGUCUUGGUAUCGCUCGUGCACUCAGUUACAUUCACUAUGACAAGCAACGCAGUUUUAGCGUCAUACAUCGUGACGUCAAAAGCUCUAAUAUCUUAUUAGGUGACAAUUGGGAAGCAAAACUAUCUGAUUUUGCGCUAUCCAUGAUGCAACCUGCAGCUAAAAGAUAUGAUCUUCUCUUCGACCAACCAUGUGGCACUCCUGGGUAUAUUGACCCAGCAUAUCUAGAGUCUGCAACUGUGAACCACAAGUCGGAUGUGUACUCCUUGGGUGUGGUUUUAUUUGAAGUCCUCACUGGGAGGAAAGUACACUCAGACGACAGAGAUUGGUGGUUAUUUGCUAAAACAGCCAAAUCCCAUUAUGAAAAUGGAAAUCUCAAUGAUGUUAUCCAUCAAGAUCUACAUAAGCAAAUGGACCAGGGCUCGUUAAAAAAGUUCUCAGAAGCAGCAUAUUGCUGCUUGAAGGAUCAACCGUCACAACGCCCCAAUAUAGAUCAACUGGUCUUUGCACUUGACCAAGCAUUGAAACUUCAACUGGCACAUGAAGACUCUUUGGCACUAAAGGAACAUUCAACACUUGCGGUUGAAGGUACAUCAUCCGACUACUGGAAGAUUUAA